GCGCAGGCGCAGAAAACCACGGGACUAGGCCGAGUGUCGGCUACGCGGAGCUGCGGGAUCGGUCCGAGAUGGCAGAGGUGGAGGAGACACUGAAGCGACUUCAAAGCCAAAAAGGAGUGCAGGGAAUCAUCGUGGUAAACACAGAAGGCAUUCCCAUCAAGAGCACCAUGGACAAUCCCACCACCACACAGUAUGCCAACCUCAUGCACAAUUUCAUCUUGAAGGCACGGAGUACCGUGCGUGAAAUUGACCCCCAGAAUGACCUCACCUUCCUUCGAAUUCGCUCCAAGAAAAAUGAAAUUAUGGUUGCACCAGAUAAAGACUAUUUCCUGAUUGUGAUUCAGAAUCCAACCGAAUAAGCUACUCUCUUGGCCCCCCGUGUUAUAUCUUAAUUUAAUGCCCCCCAAGAAUAAGUGUUAAUCCAUAUCAACCAACUGGCACAUGGAAAUCACCUUAGAGCCCACUUAGACCACUCCGGUGACCAUGGGUGGGCUGGCAGCUCCACUCACCCCACCAAAGUAAUCCCUCUUCUGUGCAAGUUGCUCCCAGAGUCACUGGGUGGGCCCUCUUUUCUCACUUCCAGGUUUUGGACACAAGCUGGUGAGAAGCCCACACCCAGCUUCCUUCUGACCUUCAGUUCACCUUGCCUCCCUUAGAAAAGGUUGUUUUUUCUUUAACUAAAAAUAAUUGAAAUGCUUA